CCCCGCCCGCACCCGAGUGUCGCCGCCGCCGCCGCCGCCGCCGCCGCUGGGAGGCCCCCCGGAGCCGCCAUGAAGUGGAUGUUCAAGGAGGACCACGCGCUCGAGCACCGCUGCGUGGAGUCGGCCAAGAUCCGCGCCAAGUACCCCGACCGCGUCCCGGUGAUCGUGGAGAAGGUGUCGGGCUCGCAGAUCGUGGACAUCGACAAGCGCAAGUACCUGGUGCCCUCCGACAUCACCGUGGCCCAGUUCAUGUGGAUCAUCCGCAAGCGCGUCCAGCUGCCCUCCGAGAAGGCCAUCUUCCUCUUCGUCGACAAGACCGUCCCGCAGUCCAGCCUGACUAUGGGGCAGCUGUAUGAAAAAGAAAAGGACGAGGAUGGAUUCUUGUAUGUGGCCUACAGUGGAGAAAAUACCUUUGGUGUCUGACUGUGUGUCCCUUCCUGCAUCUCCUCUUGUAAAUAGCCUGUGGUUUGUGAUCAUGACCCUCCUUAGGCUCCUGCAUCUGUCACUGGGUUGACUUAAUAUAGUGAUAGGUUUCAGUUGUUAGACUAGUAAUUUAUAAGACAUCUUUCCCUGCUGCACUUUAUCAUGGCUGUAAAUUCCAUAGCCUCCCUUCUUGAGAAACAUUUAAUGGCAUCAUUGUUUAAAUAUUGAAGCAAAGUAGUUGAAGGUGGGAGGGGGAUUUUGAAAUGUAUGUUUGACUAAUUAUUAUUUAAUGACAGUUUCAGGGUAAUGGGAGCUACUAGAUUAUUCUCAGCAGUAUCAAGAUGCUGAUAUGUUGAUGUUGGCUUGUAUGUUCCUCUUGAUGAAUUCUGCUAGAGGAAGCUAUAAUUAAAACCACUCUAACACACA